CAAAUAUUAAUUAAACCUUCGUUGGUUUCAGUGGAGUAAUGAAACACCGAACAUUAAAAUCCAAAAAUAGCCACACGUCGGGUUACUGCAUGGCCGCUAACGCAAUGGCGCACGUGGAUGAAAUAAAGUCGGAAUCCAAAAACCCAGAGCGACAUGGCAAACAGGACAAACAACUUCUGGAGACAUUCUGGGAUCUUGCUGCUACAUCUGAUGACAAAAGGCUUGAAGGGGCCAGUAAGCUUAUCGAACUUGUCACCAGAAAGCAAGAAAGUCAUCAGAAAAAUGGAGCUACGGAGGCUUUAUGUGAAGAAGUUAAAUACACUUUGAAGAGACUGGUGAGGGGGUUGGCUUCAGCAAGGAAGGGUGCAAGACAAGGCUACGCUAUGGCUUUGGCCGAGCUUCUUGAACAUAUUGAUCAAAUCCUUCUCGCUGACGUCUUGAAACUCAUCCAGGAGCACCUAGAAAUCAAAGGUCUUAAGAGCGAAGAGAAACAGUGUCUGUUUGGGAAAGCAUUUGCAUAUUUGGCAAUUAUUCAAUCAGGGAAACUACAAAAGGAGGAUGGGCGUUUCUCAGCUGAGGUGAUCAAACAACUUCAGAAUCUUGGAGUACAGAAAGGUUUCCUUGAAGACAUCUGUUUCCGAGCUGUCACUGAUCUCAUUGCGAGAAGCACGACUGAAGUGUUUGAAGAGGACAUCUGGCCGACCUUAAAGUCGGAGCUUAAACAAGGGUGGGGUUCCUGCAGUCCCUACACCCUGGCCCUAUUAGUCACCAGUAAACGACGCUUUCCUAAAAUCAUAGAGGACAAAUUUAUGCAGAAACACUGGGGCCACGCUGACUUACUGGAUGUUACCAACUAUCACCACAUUGCGAGAAUUGUUGCAGACUCUACUGCUGCCUCCCAUCCUAACCCACACGCUGUUUGUGAAAUACUACUCUCAUGGGUAACGGAAAGAAAGGAACUUUCCCUCUUCUGGAAGAAAGUCGUUGAUGAGUACUUGUGUAGCAGCACGCAAGAUGAAUGCGUCUUCCUGGCAUUCCGCUUGGUCGAAAUCGUCCUCCCCAAUUGCGACACAGAUGAAGUACGGGUGGUUUUCUCCAAAAACUUGCUGAAACGUUACAUCAGUAGUCUGGCCAACAGACAGGCUGGGUUAUACGCCGCUGCAGUCAAACUAAGUGGAACACUGGGGACCAUUGUUCAGAGCUUGGAGGACCCACAUACCCAGCUAGCCGUGGCACAAAGUUUACUUCAAACUCCCGGCCAUUUUAACUUUGAUGAGAUCACAAAGAGUAGAACAGUGUACUCAGUGAUUAGUAAUUUCAACUCAGACGCAGUCAAGUUAUAUAUCAAAUGGUUAAAACAGCUGUUCAUUACAGGAGCUGCAAAUAUUGGAAAUGAUGAGACGCCUGAUAUUGACAUUGGAAGACAGUGGGUAGCAAUGCAGGUGUUAUCCUUGGUGAGGAAUCCUCAACUACAGCGGCAGACAGAUUGGCUAAGUGAAUGCUUCCAGUUUCUCUUCCUACAUGCUUUCUUCACCGUCAAGAAAAGCACACAAACAGUCUCUGGUUGCAAGACAGUACUGAGCGAACCUGUGAGUGAUUCUCUUAGGCAACAGAUAUCUCAACAUUUCUACAAUGCUUUGGGUGUGGUUUGUAACUUAUCAACCAGGACGGAGGAGGCUGAGGGAAGCAAUGCUGGCCAGCAAGGAGAGCUCUGGGUUUAUGUCAUCGUUAAAUACGCUCAGGAACUUCUGGUAUCUCCCAAGGUCGAAUGUGCUGUAGAGUUUAACGGGGAGGCUGCAGAAGCCUGGAAUCUGAUGCUGGCCGUGGUAGAGAAACUCCGAAAGAAGAUGAAACCUGAUAAGAGUGCGUCGGCUGUACCUGCCUUCCAACUUCUCUUCCUUCAUGUUGGCUUGCAGAUGUUCAGCGAAACACAGCAAGCUGUUGAAAUUCUAGAUGAUCUUCAUGGUUGCUAUGACAGAGCUCUCAACAGACGAAAAUCAGCCAAGAAAAUUGACACGGAAGAACCAGAGUGGGUUGAGGUCGUAACAGAAAUCUUACUUAGUCUCCUCUCCAAGCCGUCUCAUCUCCUACGUACAGUGGUAGAUGGUGUCUUCAAGAUGAUCUGCCCUCAGAUGACACCAGAAGCAUUACAACUACUGCUGAAUAUUCUGGACCCAACGCAGAGCGAGGAGGAUGAUAACAUAGAGAUCACGCAGUCAGAUGAUGAAGAUGAAGGAGAUCUCGAGAUGAUUGAAGAAGAAGAGGAAGAAGAUGAAGAAGAUGAUGAUGAUGAAGAUGAGGAUUCAGAUGCUGAAGAAGAGAAGAAGGAAAGCCUUCCAAAUGGCAAUGGAAAUCAUGCAAAGAAGAAGACUGAUGGAGACUCAGACAGUGAGAAUGAAGAUAGUGAAGAUGAUGAGGAUGAAGACGAUGAUGAAGUGGAUGAUUUCUUCAGAGCUGAUAUUCAAGCUGCUCUCGGUGACGCUGCUGCUAAUGAGGAUGACAGUGAUGAUGUUGCCAGUGACUUUGAUGAUGAAACGAUGAUCAAGCUGGACACUGCACUGACCAGUCUCUUUAAAGCCAAGAUGGCCGACAGAAGGAAAGGAAAGAAAGAGGCUAAUACAAUACUGCUUCACUUCAAACUCAGGGUCCUUGAUUUGUUGGAUAUCUUUAUCAAACGGCAGCAGUUGAAUCCUCUCAUACUGAAAUUAGUGCAUCCGUUGUUAGUGGUCGCUCAGGUAGCGUCUGUUCACAAAGACCAGCAAGUUCUAUCUGAGAAGGCAGUUAGUAUCUAUCGCAACAAACUCUGCAGAGUCAAAAAGUAUCCACACAACAUAACAGAAGAAAGAGAGUCACUGCAUAAAACCAUUGAGGAAAUUAUGCAAAUAGCCAAGAAAGCGACAUCUUUGAUGACGGUUUCCCUUGCAUCAGCGGGCUGCCUUUUUCUGAUUCGCGUGUUGAGAGGAAACGUGGAGAUGGCAGACCCAUCUCCAGUGAAGACAAGACAUCAGAGAGCUGAAGAGAAAAGACAAAGCGUCUCAGGCAAGAUUGUUGCUGCUGCUGCACCUGAGUCGAAUAUGUUGGAUAUUGAGAGGAUAGGCAAACUCUACUCCAGUGCAUUGGAAGACUUCAUGACUCACAGGGGAACAUGUCUUCAUCCUCUUCUCUUUUCUGAGCUGAUAGAGAGGUUUCCAAAUCUUGCAUGGUACUUCGCUGAGGACCUUGUUAAGUAUAUGACUACCGGUUGCCAGCUUUACAGAAAGACUCAAGCCUGUCGGUUACUAGCUGUACUCAUGUCAAGCAGACCUGUACAAAGUGAAACACCGCAUUGGUCAAGAACCAGCAAGAAACUCACAGAGGAAACUCUACAGUUGUUACAGAGUGCACUGGUAGAUGAGGGUCAAGUCAUCAAACCAAAGUUUCUUCUUCAGAUCUUUAUUCUUCAGAGAGAGUACGCCAUGGCAUGUCACUCAAUUGAUAAGUUACCAGACUUCUCUAAGAUGACUUCGGUACUUGAGGAACUCCAGAAGAAGGUUGAAGUAAGUCGAUCAGGGGAGCUCACCUCGACAGUCAGGAGUGUCCUUAAAUCCUUUGCUAACAGACCCACUGAUGCUAAAGUUACAGGCAAGAAACACAAAAGGAAAAGCAAGAGGAACAAACAGAGCAAGCGAGCAAAAUCCAUUCACAACUAGAAGAAUAUAAUACUUUAAUUAAUCAAAAAAUCAUAUUUGUCAAUUUAGGACCCAUACCCCUUAGUGGUUACAAGAAGUCAACAAUGGAACAAACUAGGUGAGGGUUAUGGUAGCACCAUGUGUAAAUCUCUUUUGAUUUGUCUUGUUUCUGAAAAGAUAAUAAGGAGUUGUUAACCACCGGUUCUUUUUAGAAACAACACUUCUCAUAAGAGAUUUACAUAAAGUGCUACUGCAAACCAUACCUGAUUAAGUCCGAGUUAUAGUCGGUAGUGCGAUGGUCUAGCGAUGGAAAUCUUGACGCGCGAUCAUAAAAAUUGCGCGCAAGGUUUCCAUCGCGCGACCAUUG